AUGGAUGCGGGAAACUCCGUCAAGGAAACAGUCCUCAUUACAGGAGGAGGCGGUUAUUUCGGUUUCCGCUUAGGUUGUGCCUUGUCCAAAAGAGGAGUGGAUGUGAUUCUCUUCGAUGUCUCCAAGCCCAUCCAAGAGAUGCCAGAAGGUGUGACAUUUGUACAGGGUGAUGUCCGGCAUAUCUCUGAGUUGGAAAGAGCUGUCCAAGGCAUGGCUUGCGUCUUUCAUAUUGCCUCCUACGGAAUGUCCGGCCGGGAGCAGCUGAACCGUAAACUUAUAGAAGAUGUCAACGUGGGAGGGACCGAGAACGUCAUCCAAGCUUGUAGGAAAAACGGUGUCUCGAAGCUGAUUUACACAAGCACAUACAAUGUGGUGUUUGGGGGCCAAGUAAUUGAAAACGGAAACGAGCUGUUGCCUUAUCUGCCUCUCCACCUUCAUCCAGACCACUAUUCAAGAACCAAAGCUCUAGCAGAGAUGAGGGUUCUGGAAGCAAACGGGACCUUCUCUGAAGAUGGAGAAGAGGUACUGAGGACCUGCGCUCUGAGACCUGCUGGUAUCUUCGGACCUGGAGAACAGAGACACCUCCCGAGAAUCGUUAGCUACAUUGAACAGGGGUGGUUUCGGUUUGUGUACGGGGAUCCCAGCAGUUUGGUGGACUUUGUCCAUGUCGAUAAUCUGGUUCAAGCUCACAUUUUAGCAGCAGAGGCACUAGGAGCCCCUCGGGGGCACGUCGCAGCAGGACAGGCGUACUUCAUUUCAGACGGUCGACCGGUGAACAACUUUGAGUUUUUCCGCCCCCUAGCGGAAGAUUUGGGCUAUGCAUUCCCGACACUCCGCCUGCCCCUUUCACUCAUUUACUUCUUUGCUUUUCUCACCGAGAUGGUUCAUUUUGUGGUGGGCCGGUUGUAUAACUUCCAGCCCCUCCUGACUCGCACGGAAGUGUACAAAACCGGUGUCACGCAUUACUUCAGUCUGGAAAAGGCCGAGAAGGAGCUAGGCUACGAACCUGAGCAGCACAGCCUACAAGAAGUGGUGGAGUGGUUUAAGACCCGGGGCCAUGGACGGAAACCCAAAACGUACGCCCUGAAGCAUUUACUUAGGGAUACGGGACUCGUUCUGAUCCUAGCCAUGGUGCUUCUUUUGUGGUUGCCCAAAGCAGUUUGGGGGAUCUGACAGGGAAACCUAAAAAGACUUUCAAAAUGGUGCUGAAUGAAGACUGUGUCAGGAAUCACUCCUUGAUUUUCUUCUGAUGUCGCAGAAAAGAGUCACAUCUGGGACUACUUAGAAAUGUGAAGGCACGGAAAAAAAAACGGGAAAAUUC